CGUCAGAGUAUGAGACAGUGUUUAUUGUAGUCUUUAUUGUGGCGAAAUAUUAAAGGCAAGAAUUAGCUUGAACUUAAUCAGUAGGUAUAGAAUAACUUGUUGUUUUAAGGAACAUAAGACAUUUUUAUGGAAAUUUAACGUGACAAGUCAUAACUUGCUGUUAUGAGUAAGGUUUCAACAGCGCAAUAUCUUGUUAGCUUAUUUUAGAUUAGCCUCACAGCUAAUGAGCAUUGCUCAACAUAGCUUUGAAAGGGAUGUGUUACAUUAAGGGAAAAACCUGCACCAGUAACCCCUAGUAGCCCAUAAGACUGGGACUGUCUCCGAAGCGUUCACAACAUGCUGAACAUUCCAACCCAGUCCUUCCCUGCACCGAGCUCCCAGCAGCGGGUCGCUCCGUCCGGACAGUCCGGAAGGAACAAGGUGGCCUUGAAGCCUGGUCACAGUUUAAUGGACUGGAUCCGGUUUUCCAAGAGUGGGAAAGAUCUGACCGGGCUCAGAGGACACCUGAUUGAAGUAACGCAGGAAGAGCUGCAGAAACACAACACAAGAGAUAACUGCUGGAUCUGCAUAAGAGGUUUGGUUUACAACGUGACUCCCUACAUGGACUACCACCCUGGUGGAGAAGAGGAGCUGAUGAAGGCAGCCGGGAUAGAUGGCACCGACCUAUUUGACCAGGUCCAUCGAUGGGUGAACUAUGAGUCUAUGUUGAAAGAGUGCCUGGUGGGCAGGAUGGCUACUAAGGCCACCGCAGCUAUUAAAGCACUUAUCACGUCUUCACCACUGACUGACCUUGCUCAGCCUACCUUGGUAGCUCCUACCCCAGACAAAGAUUCCCAGCCUCGAUAUGAUUGGUUCCAAACGGAUGUGACAGUUCAUCUAGUUGUUUAUGCCAGAAGAAAGAUCCCCAGCCCAGGUUGUACCAUUGUUGACCUUAAGGCGGGUGUACUACGACUGGAAGUGCUGCUGGAGAAAAUGUCCUACAUGUUACAUUUACGUCUAGCUGGUGAAGUUGAGGGAAAAGUUUCUGUCCACACUGCUUUCUCAGCGGGAAAGAUCCAGGUCAGCAUACACAAGCAGGAUAAAGCAAAAUGGACAGUUCUUGGCCAACCACUGGAAUUCCACAAUACAUUUCAAUGCAAAAAAGGCAGAGCUCCCUACUAUCGAGACUGUGUGCUGUUGUCAAAAACGGAGGUGAAUCAUAACACCCAUGUGUUCAGACUGCAACUCCCACAUGGGACAGUCAUGCAUGUGCCUGUUGGAAAACACGUCUACCUCAAAGCCCUCAUUCAAGACACAGAGGUAGUGAGGCCAUACACUCCAGUAGAUCAGACUAUGGCAACAGCCUCCCAGGACCCAGACCUCUACCUCAUGAUCAAGGUCUACCCUGAUGGAGUAUUCACCCAGCAUCUCAACAACCUGCGCAUUGGAGACCAUAUAUCGGUUAGUGGGCCAGAGGGUACUUUCAGUGUCCGCCCUCUUUGUGAUGUCACAUACCUUUACCUAUUAGCAGCAGGCACAGGAUUCACACCCAUGGCUCGCCUCAUCCGACUGGCCACACAAGACAUUGACACCAUCAGAAAAACCAAGCUGCUUUUUUUUAAUCGACGGGAGGAGGACAUUCUGUGGCGCUGUCAACUGGAUGAACUGGCUGCUAAUAAUGAGAGAUUUCAGGUGGAGUUUGUCCUCUCUGAGCCCUGUGAAAGCUGGACUGGCAGAAAGGGUCAGGUGGAUGGCUCCAUGCUCCAGGAUUUCCUGGACAAGCCAGAUGGGUCCCAAUGCUUUGUGUGUGUUUGUGGCCCUACUACCUUUACAGAGCUAACAAUAGGGCUGUUGAAGCAGCAGGGCUUCAAUGAAGAAGAGCUCCAUGCCUUCCAGGGUUGAUGAGCUCUGCCUCGACUCAACUCCGUCCUGUGUGCGUGGGAGAGUCAAUUUUAAUUUAUAAAGCUGUGUUUUUGAAACAUGAAAGAAAUAUUGUAUUUCUAUGCACCAAGAACCUGAUGCUGAUUCCAAACAAACACACACCAGGCUUUGCUGGGCUAUUGAGAAGUGCUGUUAGAUUUUUAUGAUUCUUGCUGGUUUUGGUCAGUGUCUGGAGCAAAGUUAAGAGUUCAUGAGAACUCAGUUGAAAUGUUAUACAGGUGUGUAAAAAAUAAAGGCAGUUAAAUAUGCUAAAGACAGAGGAAUACCGAGGUUAUGUAAAUUGAUGAAGUAAAUGCAAUAUAAAAUGAGAAUGAACAUGCAGCUGUGUUGCAGAGAAUUUUUGGCAGACACACGACUUAAUGUUCCUGUUAAUUGGAUACAGGUACAUUCGAGUUCUAACCACUGCACUGAAAUAAAAUACACUAUGGUGACAUACUGUAUGUAUGCAUUCUGCAAACAUUAGUCUCUUGUUCAUUAAGACUGGAGCAUUUUUUAAUUAUUGCUCUGUUUAGAGUCUUGAACCACCUGAUUUAUAGGGCUCUGUUCAGGUGGUGUGGGAAAACUUAACCCAGGGCUAGUCAUGGUCCAAUUGUCAUCUGCACAGUGCUCUUAUUUGCUGUUAAAAGUCACUCUGUCUAAACAGUCUGUUGCAAAGUAUCAGAUUUAUUGAGGACAACAUCAAGAACAUCCCAAUGGCAUCUGUUUCCUGUUCAUGGAAAUACUACAGAGCUUGAGACAUUCUUUUUAUACCCUUAUAGCUCAUCCUUGUCUUUCCACCUGAAUCCCUGACCUACUGAGGGAUAUACUAUUAUUUCAUUGGUCAGUAUAGAUUUCUAAAAAAAAAAAUAAAGUGCCUAUAAAAAGUAUUCACCCUCCUGGAUUUUUUGCCC